AUGGAGAUAGUAAGCUACAAUUCGACUCAACAGGAUCCAAUGAGUUGUGGCGGUGCUAAGCCUAAGCAACAAGUACACACUAAUGGUACUCUCAAAUCGAUUAAACAGCGAAGAAUGGCUAGAUUGCAUCAUCAGCAGGCAGAUCAUCACAAAAUAGGGAAUCGUUUGGUCGUGCGCGCCGAAGUUAAUUAUAAUAAAUCAACUAGCUCAGAGGAUAGUGAUAGCAACAAUGAGCAUAAUUACAACUAUGCGUCAAAAUGCAGCGGCAACAGUAAUCGGUUGGAUAGUGGCGUGGCCAGUAAAAGUGACUCCAUCAGUUCUGACAGCGCCUCCGGUGGUAAACCCGUUAAUCUGACUCUAUCAAGAAUGUCGCUGUUAUGGAAUACCAGCGGUUGGAUACGGGUUUACUGUGGCCCGGAUCGAAGUGAUGUAAGCUGUGAAGACCCGAGCCGUAUGGUGCACGUGGUCACAACCGCAACUACUCUGGAUGUUGUCAAAGACAUGGAUCUACCGAUGGAUUACACAUUGUGGGUUCAAAUCGGUGGAACCAAAACACGUCGGUUGGAGGAGAAUGAGUAUCCUUUGCUGGUUCAAGAAGAAUUUCUCAAGUCACUCGGAUAUCUAGACGAAUCCCGUCGGGCACGGCUUGGUAUUGAUCCUGAGCUGAAAUACUUGUUGCGGUUUCAUAUUGGUCCACUCGAAAUUCCGAUGUGUAAAGGUGUGCUGCGGUCCGGUUCAGUAGAGAUUCUGAAAGGGCUGGUGUUUCCGCAAUGGCGAAAACGUUAUUUGGCCAUUGUCGGUAGCAAAUUGAUCAUAUACCCUGCUAACGCUAGCAUGACACCGGAAGUAUAUGAACUGGCUGGAGCCAAUAUCUUCGAACACGCACCAGGUUACAAUCGAUUAAUCAUAAAAAUAGUACCAAAGUCAACUGAGAACGGCAGUGCUAGUAAAACGAAAGAAAAUCUCUUUACCGACAGUUCUACUACUACACACCUCUACCAUAGCAAUGCCAGUAUUCAUUCAAUCAACGAUCGAGACCCUGUAUUGUUCCUCGGAUUUGAAGAGUCUUGGGAACGUGAUCUGUGGAGCGGCUGGCUGUCUGAGACUAAAUCCAACGAUGACGAUGACCAUAAGCGAUUGGAUCUUGGAGAUUCGGGAUUGCAACAUAUUCCGGAGUUGCUUAUGCAAUCAUCGGAAAACGUGGAGGAGCUGCUGGCUGGGAAGAACAAACUUCAAGAAUUAGCUCUGCGAGCAUUGGGUCAAUUCUCUCAUCUGAAAGUAUUAAGACUGAACGAAAACGGACUGAAGUGUUUUCCCGAAAGCCUGUAUAAUCUUCGAAGUUUACGUGAGUUAGAUUUGGGGCAUAAUGAAAUCAGAAAGCUUCCUGAAAGAAUAGUAUUGCUGACGAGCUUGGAGGAGUUGAAUUUGGAGAAAAAUGAACUGCAAGAUUUACCCAACUGCUUACACAGGCUGGACAACUUGAAAAGUUUGAAUGUAGCGUACAACCAGUUGGAAACAUUGCCUUACUUUAUGGUGAACAAUAUGCGAUCCACACGUUUUUUCCAUAGGAGCGAUUCUCUGAGAAGCGGACAUAGGAGAGAUUCAUUGGAAAAGGAUGAUGAUAAAACUGAACCCGCCUUGACCAAAGUGAAUCUGCGUGGUAAUCAGCUUAAAGGAAGCAUUAUUCUGGGUAAUUAUGGGCUGCUUACUCAAUUGGAUGUUAGUGAAAACUCUAUCGAGAACAUGGACUUGUCGGCGCUGGACAAACUUGAGACUAUUCAGUGCUGUCGGAAUAAUUUGAAAGAGUUAACGCUUAACGGACGGCAUUUGCAUUCUUUAAUUGUAGGAAAUAAUAAUCUUACGCAAAUCCUGGUUCGAGUAACACCGAACAAUCUCAAACAUGUCGACAUCAGCUUCAAUCAUCUACGAGAACUUCCGGAAUGGCUAGUCGGUUGUCAUCAACUUCGCACUUUGUAUGCGAAUAACAAUCAACUGCAUGUGAUAUCGGAGCAUUUGCUGAAUAACGAACACACGAUGCUUGUUACUCUUCACUUAGCUUACAAUAAUCUUACCAAUUUCCCUCCGUUGUUAAAACGGAAACUGCCACUUCAAAAGCUGUACCUGCAAUGUAAUCAAAUAGAAGAUCUGCCAGAAAAAUUUUUCAUAUCAUGUGAACGGUUGACUAUUCUUAAUAUCUCCAGCAACAAGCUGAUGACCUUACCAAUCAUUUUUGGCACGAAUUGCCUUUUGGAGCGGCUAUAUGCAACGAACAAUAGCCUUUCGGAUCGGGUUCUCGACAGUCUGAUCUGUUUACCACGACUGAAAGUUCUUCAUAUUGGAUACAAUUUGCUCACGACUCUUCCGGAAACAUGCAUCACGUGCUGGGGUGAGCUAGAAGAAUUAGUUAUUUCUGGAAACAAGUUACGGCAUCUUCCGGAGAAUUUAACUAAUCUACGAACUCUGCGCGUCUUAAGGGUUCACUCCAAUCAACUGCAAACAGUACCAGCAUUGGCGAAAAAUCUGAGUCUUCGAGUAUUAGAUCUUGCCCAUAAUCAGUUGGAUAGAGUCAAUAUGAUGUCUCUUGUAUCGAAGGAACUGCAGUUUUUGGAUUUGUCCAGCAACAGUCAACUUCAGGUCGACCCGCGUCAAUUGGAAGCUUGUCAAUCACAAAGGCCAAUGAGCUUAGUGGAUGUCUCGGGAAAAAAUAGACCCACACUGCCAACUGCACCUUGGCCGUAUCAAGAGAACGAUGAAUUUGAGCCAUGUUGGAAGGUUGGCUUUGCUGAAACAUCUGGUUGUCUUCCCAAACUAUACAUUUCACAGUUACGGUUACCUGCGUUCUGCAAUUCCGAAGGCCUCUUUGGGAUGUUCGACGGUGGAGUUAGUAACAUUAUUCCCAAUAUGCUGAUCAAAGCUAUUCCAAAGAUAUUGUUGGAGGAAAGAACUGUUAAGGAAACUGCCAAUGAUUACAUGAAGUAUACGUUACUUUCGGCUCAUCGAGAACUGAAGCAGUUGGGUCAGCAAGAAGUGGUCAACGCUACGCUUUGUCACAUCUCUAGGAGUAAGAUUCCCAGCGAGGCAAUGAGCUAUUUGCCGCAAGCAGCCGGUGGACGGAAAUUCAUUUUACGGGUAGCUUGCAUUGGGGACAGUUCAGUUGUGCUGGUCAAGCACAAUCGAUGCAUACAAUUGACGUCUGGAAAAUCAUAUAAGAAACUCGGUUUGAGUGUGAAUUUUUCAGAAAUAGUGCCUGAUCCAGAGGUGCAGGAGGUAGUUUUAAGUGAUGCGGAUGAAUACUUGGUGAUAGGAAACAAGAAAUUGUGGGAAGUAAUUACAAUGGAGACGGUGGCGGAAGAGAUUCGGAAGGAGGAAAAUAUUUUAUUAGCGGCGAAACGGGUGCAGGAUAUUGCUCAAAGUUAUGGAGCCGAGGAGAAUAUUAGUAUAAUUAUUGUUAAAUUUAACAAUUUGGGAACGGAUAUUGAUUUUCUAAUGCGAGAGCUGAGGCAGACAAUUCGGAACAAGUCUGCAAGCGGAGGAAGUAUUUCAUCAGGUUUUUGUAAGUGCGGUUGUUGUUGUGAGUCGAACAACAGCUGCUGUCAUUCGGGUGCGUCGAGCUCAUUUGUCAGACACUCAUCGGGAAGAAGUGACCGGUCAUCGCCUAGUGGUCAAAGUGAUCAAACAUCAGGAAGAGAAACACCUGUUACUGGGGCAAAACCAAAAUAUCCGGAAAUGACUAUAUUCAAUGGCAGAAAACAAACCGGAUAUUUGACUAACGAACGGAGAAGUUUACGUGGGGGUGUGGUCCGAGCAGUUCGGGCGAGAAUCGAAGAAGAGAAGGAUCGUGAGGAAUCUGACUCGGCCAUGUCGGACGAACAAUUUAAAUGUUGGGAGUACAUGCUGGAACAGAAUACUCAACUCUUAUUUGACAAAGAACUAAAUACGAUAUCGCGUGCUUUUGUCAAACGUCCGCAGUCGAACCUAGCGAAGCUUCAUAUGAAAUCGUUGUCUUCCAGUUCACCCCAGCUUGCACUAGAAAACGACAACGGAGUGCCUUCCGCCGGUAGUAGUUGUAAUACAUCAGGAAACUCCUUACGAUCGGCUCCCUUUCUGUCGCAGCAUUUUGGUAGCACACGAUCUAUCCAGCCAGCUACUUCGCAAAACUUUUUUAAACCAAUUCGAUAUAACACAACACGUCCUCAGCCGAUAAAUGCUGGUCCUAAUGCGGCGUACUUUGGUUCUAUUCAAAGGCUAAUGCCUUAUAAUUUGGAAUACGAUAUGAGUAAUUUACAGGAACAAUACAAUAUCAAUAAUGAUGGAAGCACUAUCGAACUGGACACAGUAGAUCCGGAAGGAGGCCGCAUGCAGCAGUAUUGGGGAGUUGCAACAACAGAACUGUGAGAGCAUUCUUUCAAUAUGGAUUAAUUUCAGUAUGGC